UCCUCUCCUGCUCACUUAACGCCUCCCGCUCCUCCAAUGUUCCUCUCAUUCGCACCUCCUCCCCUCCUUCAGCACUUAUUUUCACCCUUUAUGCGUUCAUGGCUCCCUAGAUUUCCUUCCCGACAGCUCGCAACAUCCCUCUCUCUCUCUCUUUCUCCCUCUCCCUUUUUCUCCGCCACCUCUCCUCACACACACACACACACAUCUCUCUGCCUUUCUUCCCAUCACACAGCCAGCUUCAUCGCCUCUCAUCGUCUGUGUCUGCCACACACACACACACACUCAUAGUCAUUCUCUGGCUCUCACACGUGUCAGUCGGCUCUCCUUCUGCGUGUCCUGCAGUCCGGCUGUGGUUCAGUCAUGGAGCACAGCCACAUCUUCACCGUGCUGACCACCAACUCCAGCUCCUGGAGCCCUCGCGGUUGCCCUCUCGGACAGUUUCCAGUCGUCUACUACAGUUCCUUACUGUGCCUCGGCCUGCCAGCAAACAUCCUCACGGUGAUCAUCCUUUCUCAGCUUGUGCUGCGGCGGCAGAAAUCCUCCUACAACUACCUACUGGCCCUGGCUGUAGCCGACAUCCUGGUCCUGCUGCUGAUCGUGUUCGUGGACUUCCUUUUGGAGGACUUCAUCCUCGGAGCACCUCUGCCACACUCGCUCAACAAAGCCGUGCAGGUUCUGGAGUUCUCCUCAAUACAUACCUCCAUCUGGAUCACAGUGCCACUGACCAUCGACCGCUACAUCGCUGUGUGCCAUCCACUACGCUACCACACGGUCUCCUACCCAGCCCGAACUCGCAAAGUCAUCUUGGCGGUGUACGCUGGGUGCUUGAUCUCCAGUGUGCCGUAUUAUUGGUGGCCGGAGCUGUGGCACGGUCUCCCAGGAGCGAGCCCUGGGGGGCGCAGCAGUAGUGCAGGACAGCAUGUGCUAGUGUGGGUCCACUGCGCCACGGUUUACCUGCUGCCCUGCUCGGUCUUCUUUUCCCUCAACGCAAUUAUUGUCCGUAAGCUCCGCUGCCGUCGCAGCUGCUUCCGCCUCCGAGGAUACUCGACCGGAAAGACCACGGCUAUCCUUUUAGCCAUCACCUCAGUGUUCGCCGUUUUAUGGGCGCCUCGGACACUUAUGAUUCUUUAUCAUCUUUACACGGUGCAACCAGCGAUGCCGGGUCCGGCUAGACUCCUGCAUUUGGUAACGGAUGUAGCGAACAUGCUUGCUCUACUCAACACCGGGGUCAACUUCUUCCUCUACUGCUUUAUAAGCAAGCGCUUUCGGAGGAUGGCCGGGACGGUGCUCAAAGCCUUUUUCCGCUGCAGAAAACAGCCGCCACCUUUUUACGCCAGUCACAACUUCUCAAUCACCAGCAGCCCAUGGAUCUCGCCUGCAAACUCGCACUGCAUUAAGAUGCUGGUGUACCAGUAUGACAAGAACGGCAAACCAGUUUGCAUAUCCUCAUGAAUGCCAACUCGAGUCGUGCCAUUCCAAUAUAAAGAAAGCUAACGAAUCAAGCAAGCUUGGGAAAGUACUUCCCGACUGGUAGAAGGCAAUGAUGGGAUUGCUAGGAAGUGCCUCAAUAAGACACGUCCAGUGUCAGGCUCAGAGAAAAUCUGGGUAAAAUAAGGCUCAUUGACUGGUGGAAAAAAAACAGGAGUUGUCAUUAAGCUAUAACAGCUAAUUCCUUUCAGGAAAUCAAUGCAAAAAAAAAGACUCUCAACGUUAAGAAUAACACAGAAAGGCUUGCUUGGAGUUCUAGCCGUUGACCAUCCAAACUAGUGUGAGAUAUGUGUGGAAUUGAUAGACAUGUCAUGCUAUAAACUAUAUUCCCAAACUUAAAUAUCAUCAGCGAAGAUAUUCACUGUAUCUCCAAUCGCUAGCAUGGUUUUGAGUGGAUUGCACACCAAAGCAACAUUUUUCGAAGAGGAAAAGGAUUCAAAGCUAAAGCCGACAAGACGUUACUGUAUGUCAACCGCCUUUCGCCUCUCACCUUCUCAGCAGAGAGAGAGACAGACAGAGCACUUCCUCCCUUUAUGACAUUAAAAACAAAGCUGGCAUUUUAGUUUAAUAUGCCGUUGGUCUCCAAGGGCCUCGAAGCUCUUAUUAACGCCUUUAGAUAUGCUCAGUGCUGGAAACCUGCUUCGAUAUUGCUGCCUGAUGAAGAAUAAUAGCGAACGUGAAGACUUCUGCUUCAACAACGUCUAAAGAAAAAAAAAAGCUUCUGGUGCAACUGACUGUUAAAUGUGCAAUUAAGGCAAAAAACACCUUUAGAGAAGAAUUAAUAUUCUUGAUCAUUCAAAUCGAUGUUUUAAGACACUCAUUGCUCAGUACGUGAAAGGAUUUUCUGUCACAGAGACAAACACGAAAUAAUUAAGACUUUGCAACUUCUAGCACACACAAAGACACACACACGCACAUUCAUUUAUCCUUGGCUGGGCAGCCUCGAGAAAAAAAAAAGCGAAUAAGAGAACAGUUUUCAAAUAAAAUCAAUUGCUUUCUUCAGAGUGAGCUAUUGGGGAAAGCCACAUUCAUUUAUCUUCACAGGAGCGUGGUGUAGCGGGCUGCCAUCUGGGGUGCUUUAACUGUGGUGCAUAUAUAUUUAUACUAUACGGCGGCGAACAUGUUCCUAGAUAAGGUAGACAACUUAAAAAUGUAUGAUCUCUGUCGUAGACAAGGAUAUAUUCACCUGUAUUAUUAUAACCACAGGGCAAACUAGAUGGUUCUGCUGGAAGCUUGGGGCGUUGUUGAAAAUGUAAAAGAGUAAUGGUGUUCGUUUGAGCAUUGAAAAUGGUGACUUUCCAUUACAGCGUCCAUCUUAAAGAGUGUGGAUUUUAAAGGAAUAAUUCACCCAAAAAUUAAAAAUCUGUCAACAUUUGAUCACCAUUAACUAGUUCCAAACCAGUUUGAGUUUUUAAUUUUUGGCUCUGUCUAAAAGGAAAGAAGACAUUUUGAAAAAAUAGCCACUGACCUAUAUAGUAUUUCUUUUUCCUACUACAGAAGAAGAACUAUGUUUCAAUCCAAAGAUGCAAAUUAACUUUGUGCGCAUAACAGGAAUAUCACAUAAAAGACGUGCGAAUAAAGCAGCAUUGCCAUCCAUUGAGUUAAGAGAACAAAAAUCGCCAUUUCCUGAUUACCUGGCAGCUAAUAUCAACAUUAAAACGCAAUUUGCUGUGGUAGGAGAAGCUGCGUCAAUCUUUUUUUAUUUAAUAAAUUACUUGCGCUUCAGAAGACGAUGCCGACGCGCAAUAAAAUCAUGGUGGUGUGUAAAGGUAUGAGACCUAGAGCACAGAUGCUCUUGACAGUAAUGGAGGUCAUUUAUAAU